GGCGAAGGAUCGGCGGCGGCCGCGCUCGCGUCGGAGAGGGCAUGGCGGCUCCGGAGCGAAGGGCCUUCGCGCACCGUAUUAACCGGACUGUGGCAGCUGAAGUGAGGAAACAGGUGUGUCGAGAAUAUGGCAACUCACCACAGCUCUCCAAAAAACGUGGUGGCACCCUGCAGUCGUUACCUCUGACAGAAGUGGUAGAGCCAAUUGACUUUGAGAAAUACCUUAGCACUCACUUGCCAGAUGCUGAGCCAGGCCCACUUGGUGACCUGAUUGAGUUUCCUAAAGAUGACCUGGAAGUGUCCCAUGAACCCCGGGAUUGUCGGACCCUAGAACCUGGUGUCCCUGAGGAUGGGAAACAAGAUGCCCAGGUAAGAGAUGCUGUCCAAGUCUACACAGAAGAUUGGGUCAUCGUCAAGAAGAAGUACCAGAAACUGAGUACCAUGUAUAAUGCCAUUACUGCUGAGAGGCAAAGAGAAAGACAGAAAGGAUUAUCUAGGCAAGUCUUUGAAUUAGAUGAAGUAGUUGAAGAGAAGAGCAAUCAAGGGGAUACGGAUGACAUAAAGCGGAGCUCUGGUUCCUUGGAAGAUAUGCCCCGAGGCAGUUGGACAUCCAGUAUCUUUGACCUGAAGAAUUCUGCAGCUGACUUUUUACUCCGUUCACUCCUGGUGCGCACUGCCAUUGAAGAGACUGACUGUAGUAAUGAGAAGCUACGCAAGAAGAACCGGCAUCAGGAGAUCUUGGCCCUUUACCCAGCCCCUGAUGAAGAAGAGGCAGUAGAACGGUGCAGCAUCCCAGAUAUUCCAAAAGAGCAGUUUGGGCAGAGGAUCUUAGUGAAAUGCUUGUCUCUGAAGUUUGAAAUAGAAGUUGAACCCAUCUUUGGAUCACUGGCACUCUACGAUGUGAAAGAAAAGAAAAAGAUCUCUGAAAAUUUUUAUUUUGAUCUCAAUUCGGAACAUAUGAAAAGCCUUCUCCGAACUCACAGUGCUCAUCCUGCCAUCUCUACACUAGCUCGUUCAGCUGUGUUCUCUCUUACACAUCCUUCUCCAGAAAUAUUCUUGGUGAUCAAGCUAGAGAAAGUGCUACAGCAAGGGGACAUCAGUGAAUGCUGUGAACCUUAUAUGGUCAUGAAGGAAACAGAUGCUUUGAAGAACAAGGAGAAGUUGGAGAAGCUGCGAGUGACAGGAGAACAAUUUUGCACCCGGUUGGGGCGCUACCGUAUGCCGUUUGCCUGGACUGCCAUCCACCUCAUGAAUAUAAUUAGCACUACUGGGAUGCUUGAGAGGGAUGCUUCGGACUCUGAAAAUGAGCGCAAAGGUACCUGGAAUGAGCGCAAGAGGAAAGCCUAUGGACGCUUGAGUGUUGGGGAGGAGAUGUGCAGCUUUAGCAACUUCCGUCCAGCCACCCUCACAAUCACCAAUUUUUUCAAACAGGAAGGUGAUCGUCUUAGUGAUGAGGACUUGUACAAGUUUCUAGCAGAUAUGAGGCGCCCAUCUUCUGUCCUGAGAAGACUCCGUCCAGUUACAGCUCAAUUCAAGAUUGAUAUUUCACCAGUGCCAGAAAACCCCCAUUAUUGCCUCUCACCUGAACUGUUGCAUGUCAAGCCCUACCCUGAUUUGCGUGUCCGACCCACCAAGGAGAUCCUUGAAUUCCCUGUUCGAGAAGUCUACAUCCCUCACACAACAUAUCGGAAUCUACUGUACAUUUAUCCACAGAAUCUGAAUUUCAGCAGCCGUCAAGGCUCAGUGCGAAACAUUGCAGUGAAACUACAGUUUAUGGCUGGAGAGGAUCCUAGCCAAGCCAUGCCUGUUAUCUUUGGAAAAUCAAGUUGCAGUGAGUUUGUCAAAGAGGCUUACACAGCUGUUGUGUACCAUAACAAAUCACCUGAGUUCUAUGAGGAGUUCAAGCUGAAGAUCCCAGCCAAUUUGACAGACAACCAUCACCUGCUUUUCACCUUUUAUCACAUUAGCUGUCAACAGAAGCAGAACACGCCUCUGGAGACUCCUGUUGGUUACACAUGGAUUCCUCUCAUGCAACAUGGACGGCUAAGAACAGGGCAGUUUUGCUUGCCAGUGUCAGUUGACAAGCCUCCACCCAGCUAUUCAGUGCUCACUCCUGAUGUGCAGCUACCUGGCAUGAAGUGGGUGGAUAAUCACAAAGGCGUCUUCAGUGUGGAAAUUCUGGCUGUCUCCUCUGUUCACACUCAGGAUCCAUUCUUGGACAAGUUCUUCACUUUGAUACAUGUGCUAGAAGAAUAUACCUUUCCCUUUCGACUCAAAGAUGUGAUCCUAACAGAGAACAACAUAGAGUCUGAAUUGAAAUCUAGUGUGGGCAACUUACGAGUGGCUAGCCUGGAACCUUUGGUGGCCUUCAGUCAUCAGAUUCUCAACAAGCUGAUCCAACUCAUUGUAUAUCCACCUGUCAUUGCAGGGCAGAUUGUGAACUUGGGUCGUGCAGCAUUUGAAGCCAUUGCUGUGAUGGUGAACCAGAUCCAUAAGAGCCUGGAGAGCAGCCAAGAUCAACAUGGCCACAAUCAUCUGUUGGCCUCUUAUAUCUUCUACAUUUUCCGUCUGCCUGUGAUGGACCCAGGUUUGCCAGGGAUCACAAAUGCUUGUGGUACCCUUCAAUAUGCUACCUUGUCCCGUGCAACUGGGCGCCCUGUUAGCCUUAAUCUCUCUCGUUCCAAAAGUAUCAGCAACAGCAAUCCUGACUUGACCACUACACCAACUUCCCCAGAUGAAGAGGUUCAGAAGAUUAUCAGCAGCAAGGGGAUCGACCGCUCUCACUCUUGGGUCAACUCUGCCUAUGCCCCUGGAGGCCCCAAGUCUGUGCUUCGCAGGAACCAUCCGAACUCCAGCACGGACCUGAAGCAGGCUGCAGAGUGUGCACCUAAUCGCAUCUCCUCCUAUCUCGAGGGCUCCACUUUUGUGCCAGCAGCUCCGAUGAGACCAGCAACCAAAAAGCUACUUCAUGAAGAACUGGCCCUCCAGUGGGUGGUGAGCACCAGUUCUGUGCGGGAGGCUGCUUUGCAUCAAUCCUGGUUCUUCUUCCAGCUGAUGGUGAAGAGUAUGGUGCACCAUCUGUUCCUGUGUGACAAGCUAGAAGCCCCACGCAAGACACGCUUCCCUGGCCGUUUCAUCGAUGAUAUCUCAGCCCUGGUAUACACUGUCAGUGGUGAAAUUGCUAGCCGUUGUCAGAAGGAUGUGGAGCUGGUGGAGCAUCUCAACAGUAGCCUGGCCUUUUUUCUCAAUGACCUGCUGUCGUUCAUGAAUCGUGGCUUUGUCUUUGAUCUUCUGCGGUCUUAUUAUAAGCAGGUAAUAACAUAUUGUGUGAACAGUGUGCUUACAGGGGCAUUCUUCCUGCACAAGAAAGCCAUCUGUACUCUACACAACCUUCUAUGCAGUCAUGACUCUGAUAGCCGCUACAGCGACCCUACUGUGCGAGCCCAAGUCGCUCAGCUCUAUUUGCCUCUGAUUGGCAUCAUCAUGGAUGCUCUACCGCAGCUCUAUGACUUUACAGAGAACCACCUCCAGAGAGGACGGCUUGCUUCAGUGAUGGUUGACGAUGGAAAUGGAGAUGGCAGCACCAUUAGCCAGUCAGUUGCCAUGGCCAUUGCAGGUUCUCCUUUGCCUCAUACUCAUCGGUCUACGGUCUUCCAAAUGCCAUCAAUGCCUCCCCGCCAGUACAGUAUGUUGUCUGCUGAGGCAAGUCGCAAUCUGCUGAUCUGUCUUCUCUGGGUACUGAAGAAUGCUGAUGGGGCUGUGCUACAUCGUUGGCUGGUUGACCUCUCAGCUUUCCAUGUGAACCGUCUUCUUGAUUUACUCUACCUUUGUGUCUCCUGCUUUGAAUACAAGGGCAAAAAGGCCUUUGACCGCAUCAAUAGCCUGACCUUCAAAAAAUCUCUGGACAUGAAGGCGCGACUGGAGGAAGCCAUCUUAGGCACUAUUGGGGCACGUCAAGAAAUGGUUCGACGCAGCCGAGCAGAGCGCAGCCCUUUUGGAAACCAAGAAAAUGUUCGCUGGAGGAAGAAUGUUGCUCACUGGAGACAGAAUUCGGACAAGGUGGACAAGUCAAAGGAAGAGAUAGAACAUGAUGCUUUGGUAGAUGGAAACCUGGCUACAGAGGCCUACAUGGUGGUGCUGGAUACCCUGGAAAUUAUUGUGCAAACAGUAUCUGAAACCAAGGAGAGUGUCCUGGGUGGGGCGCUGAGGGUGCUUCUUCACAGCAUGGGCUGUACACCUAGUGCUGCCUUCUUGCAACACUGUUUUGCCACUCAGAGAGCACUAGUGAGCAAGUUCCCUGAAAUGCUUUUUGAAGAAGACACUGAACUGUGUGCUGAUCUGUGCCUGCGUCUCCUACGCCACUGUAGUAGCAGAAUAGCGAUCAUUCGCACCCAUGCAAGCACCUCACUCUACCUUCUCAUGAGGCAGAACUUUGAGAUUGGCAAUAACUUUGCCCGAGUGAAGAUGCAGGUCACCAUGUCCCUCUCCUCGCUUGUGGGAACAUCUCAGAACUUCAAUGAGGAGCACUUGAGGCGCUCACUGAAAACCAUCCUUACCUAUGCUGAAGAAGACCCGGAGUUGCGAGAGACAACCUUUGCUGAGCAGGUACAAGAUCUUGUCUUUAACUUGCACAUGAUCCUGACAGACACAGUAAAGAUGAAGGAACAUCAGGAGGAUCCAGAGAUGCUGAUAGACCUUAUGUAUAGGAUAGCCAAGGGAUACCAGGCAUCACCAGAUCUGAGGCUAACAUGGCUGCAGAACAUGGCAGCAAAGCAUUCUGAACGUGGAAACCAUGCAGAGGCAGCACAGUGUUUGGUGCAUUCUGCUGCACUGGUAGCUGAAUAUCUGAGUAUGUUGGAAGACUGCCGCUAUUUACCAGUGGGCUGUGUCACUUUCCAGAACAUAUCUUCCAAUGUGCUAGAAGAGUCUGCUGUUUCAGAUGACAUAUUGUCCCCAGAUGAAGAGGGCAUCUGUUCUGGAAAAUACUUCACAGAACAAGGACUGGUAGGCUUGCUUGAGCAAGCAGCUUCUUCAUUUACUUUGGGUGGACUUUAUGAGGCUGUCAAUGAAACCUACAAGAUCUUCAUUCCAAUCCAUGAAGCCAACCGUGACUUCAAGAAGUUGGCAGUGCUGCAUGGCAAAUUGCAAGAUGCUUUCAGUAAGAUAACUAGCCAGAGAAUGUUUGGAACAUAUUUCCGGGUUGGUUUUUAUGGCAGCAAAUUUGGAGACUUGGAUGAACAAGAGUUUGUCUACAAAGAACCUUCUAUUACUAAAUUAGCUGAAAUUUCUCAUCGACUUGAGGAGUUUUAUGCUGAACGUUUUGGGCAUGAAAUGGUGGAAAUCAUCAAAGGUUCCAAUCCUGUAGAUAAGACCAAACUGGAUCCCAAUAAGGCAUACAUCCAGUUGACUUAUGUGGAGCCUUUCUUUGACACAUAUGAACUGAAGGACCGUGUCACAUAUUUUGACAAGAACUACAAUCUGCGCACUUUCAUGUUUUGCACCCCUUUCACAUUGGAUGGACGAGCCCAUGGGGAUCUGCAUGAGCAGUUCAAGCGCAAGACUCUGCUCACCACUUCUCAUGCUUUCCCUUACAUCAAAACUCGCAUUAAUGUCAUCCACAAGGAAGAGAUCAUUCUUAUUCCUAUUGAAGUAGCCAUAGAGGACAUGCAGAAGAAGACUCAGGAAUUGGCUUUUGCCACCCACCAGGAACCAGCUGAUGCCAAGAUGCUGCAGAUGGUGCUUCAGGGAUGUGUUGGAACCAUAGUCAACCAGGGUCCCCUGGAAGUGGCACAGGUAUUUUUGGCUGAAAUCCCUGAUGACCCCAAGCUCUAUCGACACCACAACAAACUCCGACUGUGCUUCAAAGAUUUCACUAAGAGAUGUGAAGAUGCCCUUCGUAAAAGCAAGACAUUGAUUGGACCAGACCAACGUGAAUUCCUGAGAGAGCUAGAGAGGAAUUACCAGCGUCUAAAGGAAGCCCUGCACCCACUACUCAACCGCAAAAUCCCUCAACUCUAUACACCAGUUGCUCCUCAUUCUGCACACAGAAACUCCUUCAACAGAUUGUGUCUACGGAAGAUGGAAGCCUAACCUAGAUUUCUUGAAUUGCUAGGAGCCUAAUUUAUGAGAGGAAGUACUGAACUUUGCCGCCACCAGAGUUUCAGUCUUAAUGAAGGAUUGUGCACUUACUUUGCACUGGAAGACAAUAUUGAGAUUCCUGCCCUAUUUUUCCUGCGUUGUUCAAGAUUUGAAGAAAGAGUUUCAAUCAAAUAGAAAGAGAACAUUUGUUGAAGAUGUUGGAAGGAGCUGGCUCCCACAUUCUGCCUUGUUGAAGACUGAGCUCCACCCUUGGGAAAUUUCUCAGCAACAGCCAUCUGGGUUGGGAAGGCUAGGUCAGAGUUCCUGCAGAUCUUCUUGAUCCUAGUGGAGAUUUGUGUCAUAAACACUGACCUUGAAUUUCCAUAUACAGCAGGUAGAUUCAAAAUGUAACUCUAGGUGGACUUGGAGAUGGACUUGAAGAUACAUGGAAUAUCUCUGAAGAGUACUCUGAUUUCACUUGAAAAAAUAUGAAGUUACAUUCGUUCUAGAUAGCCUUUUUAAUUUUCAGAAGCAUACAGAGACAUUGUGCCAUUUAAAUAUAAGGAUGUCCUGACUAUUGAUAGUCAUGUCCUGACUUUAAACUGAAGUCUUCAAUAAUGGUAAGAAGCAUAAAUUGGUUAGCAGCUCACAAUGGCUGUCAGUUUUUAAUUAAAACUGCUCCUGUUUGGAAUUGAAAUAUCCCUCCAACGUUUUCUCUAGAUCAGAAUUCUGUCUUGUUCCAAGUCUAAGAUGGAUAGCUGAGCCUUGAUUUUUGUCUUGAGGAAAUUAUAAUAAAAUUUAUUUAUAAUCCAA